AUGGCAGACAAACCGUCACCUCAGCUUUCCUGCCUACGCAAGCUAUCAGAACCCUACGCAGGUGUUCUUGAUGCUUUAGACAGCCUCAAAGACGUGGGAUUCGAAAGAAAGCUGGUGCCCAAGCUUGUUGUUAUCGGUGAUCAAAACAGUGGUAAGAGCUCUGUGCUCGAAGCCAUCUGUCAGAUUCCGUUUCCCGUCAACACACGCCUGUGUACCAGAUUUCCGACUGAAGUGGUUCAGCGGAAAGCUGACAAGGACCUGAUCGUCGUCACCAUUAGCCCGGCUACCAAUAAUGCGAAUGAUGCCUCCAUCACAGAGUUUGAACGAAGGCAUGAGCUAGUCGACUCUACAGAAUCGAGAUCUGCCUCAGAGUGGCUCGAAUCUGCGAUAAUGGCUGCCACGAACUUGAUUCUUGGAGGCUCGAGCGAUUCGACAUUUCAGAAGCGUUUCAGUCACGACGUCUUGAGAAUCACCGUCAUGGGACCGAAUAGAUCCCCCCUCACUCUUGUUGAUUUGCCUGGUCUAUGGUCUACAUCUUCGAACGCUCAGGACACGAAGGAUAGAGGGGUGGUAGAUGAUAUGGUUAGAGCGUACCUAGAAGAGCCAAGAAACGUGUUUUUGUUGGUUAUCUCAGCUCGUAGUCAUUGGAAUAAUCUACGAGCACCUCAAGAGGUUGAAGACAAAGGAGAUGCAUCAGGGCUAAGAACUCUUGGGGUCAUUACUGAACUUGACGCUGCGCAUGAAGACAGGGACCAAAUCAUCUCCUUAUUCCAUGCUAAGGAGAGAUGGAACCCUGGCUGUGGUUGGCAUGGUCUCCGAAACAGAUCCAAAAAGGAGAGGAAUGAUGGAAAAGAUCGCGACGAAAUCGAGAGAAAGUUUUUCGGCGAGCAUUGGGAUCAGAUCGACGAAUCCCAAAAGGGCAUUGCAGCUCUACGACCUAAGCUGACCAGCCUUUUGACGGGCCAGGUCCGGAGACACCUUCACAGUCUGAUCGGAGAGGUCAGAGGUCAAAUCAAGAUUGCCAAAGGUCAAAUCGAGACGUUAGAAAAGCGACGGGCAUCUGAACACACACAGAGAAACCUACUUUCACGGAUGGCUGGGCACUUCCAGCAACUAUGCUGCAACGCUGUCAAUGGCCAGUACGGUGAGGGCAUAGUGCCACCUGGGCUUCAGGCCUUUUUCAACGACUCAACCGACGCGCAGCAGCGUUGCCAAGACAAGCGUCUCCAGGCAGUCGUGCGAGCUCUGGGACAGCUUUUCAAUAGAGUCAUGAUAAAGAAUGGGAAGUCGACGCUGAUCGUAGGGCUUGACGAAAUCCCACUUGGACCUUUCAAGGCUUCCUUUUCGACGAACUUGGCUACCACAGAGACUCUUGCCGGCAAUAUCUCUGGCAGCAAUGUUACAAGGAGUAGUUCGGACGCACCCGAGGAUGGAACAAACUCGAACGAAAGGGAUCAAGUUGAGCGAGAGGUCAGUGACGACGAGGAACAUUACGACUCCGAUAAUGCGAUCGCAGGGUCAAGUCAAGAAGAACCCAUGAACCAUGUAGAUUCGGAUGCCAGCAAGAAAAAAGGCGGCUCGGUUCGGCGAAAGAUCAACGAGGAAGCUCCAUCCACGUCAACCUCGGAGGACAUGUCUUCAGACACCGAAAGCAUCAAGCGGCGUAUUGCAAGGGGAAAAAAAAGAGAGCGCGCCUCGGGUGAAGACGGUGAUGGGAUGAGUUCUCGUGACGUAAACAGGAUGUCGGCCUCCAAUGUAGCUGACAGCACCAGCAAUGGUAAACAUUCGGCAAAAGUGGAGGGAACGCCCACUGCGUCCUUUGGUCAUCGUUCGCAACGAGAAACAGACAGGAUUUUGCGUGCACACGUUCAUGAGAUAUAUGAACCAUUUGCUACCCCGCUUCAACAGAGCUUUGCGGAUUUUGAACGCAAAGUUCUCUUCAUGGCUGCACAAUGGAGAGGAAUAGAAAGUCUGGACGAAGUCAACGCGGCGAUGGUGUCUAAGCUCUUUCGAGAGGAAAGCAAACGCUGGAAUCCCAUUGCAAAUACCCAUCUGAAUCUUGUAUGGGAAGUGGUCUGCCGCUUUGUUCAUUUGGCGUUGGAGCACUGCGUCGACCGCGGGUUUCUCCCUGACCUCAAAAAUCUCCUCAUCUACAAACGUCUCGAACAACUUCACCGUUAUGCCGAAGAAAAGCUCGAAGAGUUACUUCGAUGUCAUGAUGGUAUGAACCCGGCGAUACACGACUUCAUCAGUGAGUUGGAUGAAGAUGCUCUUACCUUCGGAGUUCGGACUAAGACGACAAGAGAAGAUAUUAGAAAAGAGAUGCUUCAGCAGCUUAAAUCUGCUCUUUCAGCAAAGGAAUGGAGAAAGAUCGUGGCAGAAGCAUAUUAUCACUUGCAAAUUUUCACGAAUGAUGACAGUUCACUUACCGACAGGUUGUUUGAGAAGAUGAGGGCAACUCUCGAAAAAGUUGCUUUGGAAGAUGCUUCGCAUGGUGCAGGCGAUGCGGAGGCUGGAAACCAUCACACAUCUGAGCAAGCUGCAGUACGCCGUGCUAUAUUCACCAUGGAGAAGUAUUACAAGGCGUCACUGGUUUCCUUCGUAUCACAUGUUAACGCCAUGGUGGUUCACAAUGGUCUUCUCGAGAGGCUUCCAUAUGAGAUUUUCACGCCCGAUAUUGUCUCUUCACAAACGUCGGAGAUUGUAUCGAAGAUUGCUGGAGAAAAGGAAGAUGACGCCAAAAGACGUGCGGAAUUUGGAGAGAAACUUUCCGCUUUUGAGGAUGCGCUGCGUUCUUUCGAAGACUUUCAAAUUAGCAUAGCUUGA